CAAGAACAAGAAAAUAAAAGUGAAGUUGCCCAUCAGCUCCUACAAUUAAUCUAAGCAUAAUUCCAAUGGCUCAGUUGGGUUCUCUCUCUGCAGAAACUGAGACACUGAGUUAUGCCCUAAGCCUCAUUGAGGCAUUUAGGGCAUUCGACUCCGACAACGAUGGAUCGAUCACUGCUGCAGAGCUCGGAGGAGUCCUGGCUUCACUCGGGUACAACGCAAGCGAAGAAGACACAGGAGCCAUGAUGCAACAAGGAGACAAAAACAAAGAUGGGUUACUAAGCAUUGAGGAGUUCUUAGAGAUGAACACCAGAGAUUUGGAACAUGGUGGACUUGCAAGUUUACUCAGAGACGCUUUCGAGCAUCUUGACCUUAACAAUGAUCAAAGUGUCACAGCAGAGGAACUCUGUCAGAAUAUGGAGAAUAUGGGAUUGGAGUUGUCUUUGGAGGAUUGCCAAAGUAUUAUUGCUUCAAUGGAUGCUGAUGGGGAUGGAGCUGCUAGUCUUGAAGAUCUCAAGCUCAUACUCAAUUCCCUUCUCUAGAUCAAUCUUUAGUGUCAUAUAUAUAUAUAUAUAUAUAGAUAUAGAUAUAGAUUGUGUGUACGACUAUGAUCGUGGAAGCUUUUUCUAUCUCAAAUAAGAAGUUAGAAAUGGAAUUGUUGCAGUAUACGUGUGGUGUAUGUUUGGAUGAUCAUGAACUACCUAAGAUGGGUGUUAGCAUAUUGAGGUGAACUUUUAUUGUAACAUUAAACAUGUCUUUA